GCGCCGCGCCGAUAGAUGACGUCACAGGGCGUUUCUUCCCGGGCGGAAGCCCGGGGAGCGCAUCCCGGGGGAGCGCGGGCCGUGGGUCUUCUCUAGCUAAGCCGGCUGUGAGCUGAGGGGUAGAAGAUGAGUCCGGAGCUCCCUGAUCGUUCGUAGGCUCCAGCGGCGUCCAGCCUCGGAACACCUGCCAAAGCUGCUGGGCCUGGUGGUCGGGCUGUUCUCCCCUUUCUUCUUUGCCGCUUUUAGUUGGCCCCCAAGAUCUAGGAGUCGGCAGGAGGGACCUGAGCCGCGGCCCUAGGAUGGGAAACAGUGCCCUCCGCGCUCAUGUGGAAACCGCGCAGAAAACUGGUGUCUUUCAGCUGAAGGACCGUGGGCUGACCGAGUUCCCCCCCGAGUUGCAGAAGCUGACCAGCAAUCUAAGGACCAUCGACUUGUCCAACAACAAGAUCGAGAGCCUACCGCCUGUGAUUAUAGGGAAGUUCACUCUGCUGAAGAGCCUCUCCUUGAACAACAACAAACUCACUGUUCUUCCCGAGGAGUUAUGCAAUCUGAAAAAACUAGAGAUGCUAAGCUUAAACAACAAUCACUUGAGAGAGCUACCGUCUACCUUUGGGCAGCUGGCAGCCCUCAAGACCCUGAGCCUCUCUGGGAACCAGCUGCAAGCACUACCACCACAACUCUGUAGCCUAAGACACCUGGAUGUGGUGGAUCUCUCCAAGAAUCAGAUUCGGAGCAUACCUGACACAGUGGGGGAGCUGCAGGUCAUCGAACUCAAUCUCAACCAGAACCAGAUAUCUCAGAUCUCAGUAAAGAUAUCUUGCUGUCCUCGCCUUAAAGUUCUUCGCUUGGAAGAGAAUUGUCUUGAGCUCAGCAUGCUUCCACAGAGUAUCCUCAGUGAUUCCCAGAUCUGUCUGCUUGCUGUGGAAGGCAACCUUUUUGAAAUAAAGAAACUUCGAGAACUGGAAGGAUAUGAUAAGUACAUGGAGAGGUUCACGGCCACUAAGAAGAAGUUUGCAUGAUGUUCUCCAGGAACAUGGAAACCUUACAGGAUACCAACAUGGAAUCUGUUGCAAUCUGGCUGAAUCAGAGGCUCCUGUUGUCAAGGAUUAUCUGCAGUAAGGAGAUGAUACUUCUGAAGAUAAUCAUUUUAGUGAUCUUUUUCCUUUUCAGGGCUCAUCUUAAGUAAGCUAAAAAAAAAUCAAGAGAUAGUAAGAGUCCUCCAUUUUGAGUCAUGGAUAGGGUAAAGGACAAUGUUGAUCAUCAAAACCAUCCUAAGUCUGGCUUGAAGAAAAGCAGUAGCUAUUUAUACAAUGAGGGGAUGCUCCUUGGUAACAGAAUCACUCCAUAUCACAGGCUCGAAAUUUCAUGUUUAGUUUCAGUGUAUGAGCUUUCAUAAAGUCAGUUGCCAUUCCACUUGUGUUAACAUUUCAUAUUUUUAUGAAAUUUAAAUAAUUUGUGAGAGGCUACUAUAUGAGGAUUUAUGAUUUUAUUUCAGUUCAUCAUUUAAUUGCAGUGUUUAUACUUGGAAUUUAUAAUGUAUAUAAGUAUGUGACUGUCUCAAUUAAAAGUAUAUUCUGUCAGAGAAGCACCAACACAACACUAAGAGAUGUUCCCCAAGGCUGCAGUAGCAAACUUUUUACUAUUGCAUGUGCCUUAUUAGUAGAGGGCUCUGAAGAGCUAAAACUAUAUAUGCAAAACUUGUAAGAUACAAAGGGUUUUAAUAAUCAAGAUUUUCCUGAAGCUUUGUUAGAAUUAAUGUAUUUCUGGUAAUCCUUUUCCCUUUUUAUAAUUCUACUAAUCGAAUUACCUAUCAAAAAACUGCUACAAUAUUCUAAAAUAACUUAUGUUUAUAAAGUUUAUUCUCUGGAUGAGAGAAUAUACUAAAUAAAGAAUUUUUAAUGAACUUCGGCUGGAAAAAGGGUUAAUCCUUCAAAGGGAGAAGACAGGAGAACUUUAACCUGUAUGUGGCCCUUUGUUUGAAAGUAAACUGAUUAGGAAGAAAUGUUUCAUGUUCCUGUUAAGGUGCUGGAGUACUGAAAUGCCUUCAUGUGACUGAUAAGCAUUUUGCAGUAUUGGAACCAUACUAAUUAAGAGAAACUAAUACAAAGAUACAUGACCUCAGGUUGUUACUGACAUGAACAUUUAGGGAACUACCACUCUAAUGUUCUGAGGUUUGUCUUUGCCAGGGCAAUUUAGCAUGUAUUGUCAGUUCUUGUUUUAUAAACCUAGUUUAACCAUUAAGUCAAUAGAUCACAACAGCUUAGUAUUUAAUCUAUAUGAGGAAGUUUCUCUGACUUUAAAUCUGAUCUGAGCAUUCUCUAUUUCCCAUGUUAUUUUCUGUUCUUAACAUUGGGAGGGUUGGGUUGCCAGUUUAUUGUUAGCAACUGAGUUUUGCUUUUUGUAAACAUCAGUGCUUAAUCUCUAAUUUUUAAAUCAGUGCUUAACAUCUAAUAAAUCAGAAGUUUAAAUUAAACAA